CAGUGCAUCCUGACUUCUUUGCUGAGAGCCCCUUCCUAACUAGAGCGCACGUUGAGCGCUUCUGCUGGCGGCAACCUGCAUUCGUAGGAUUCUGGAAGAUUUUCACGCCACACAAUGGAGGCAGUGACCAUGGAGGAUGUAACAGUGACCUUCACCAAGGAAGAGUGGGCUGUGCUGAAUCCAGCCCAGAAGAAGCUCUACAGAGAAGUGAUGUGGGAAACACUUAGGAAUAUAAAUGCUGUAGGAAGGACUUGGUCCAACCAGAAAAUGGAAGAAGAAUACCAAAAUUGCUCAAGAAAUCUAAGAAUGGAAGAGAGAGCAAAAUGUUACCAAUAUAAAACAUGUAACCAACAUGAAAAUGUAUUCCUUCAGACUUCAGAUACUAAUGUGGACAUAAGACAGGCUGCAUUAAAGACAGCUGGAAGUCUUCUUUGUAGAGAGCCCCUGAUGAGGCACCUACCGUUAAAUGAUCUCAUCUUACCUCACCCAGGAGAAAAGCCACAUAAACAGGGGGAAACCUGCAGUGCUUUCCAGGCCUUUCGGAAGCAUGCAAGGACAAUGACUCAAGAGAAACCCUCUCAAUAUGAACAAUGUGGGAAAACAUCCCCUGAACUCAGUGAAAUAACUCACCUUGGAGAGAAGAUGAUUGUUGGCCAGAAAAAUGUGAAAGACUCUAAGACCCCCAGCAGUUUUCAAAUCCAUGAGAAAAAUCAUACUGGAAAGAAAUCAAAUGUAUUCAAACAAUAUGGAAAAGCCCUCAACACUCAAACUUGUAAAAUUCUGGAAAGGAUUCACAUGGAGGAGAAGCCCUAUGACAGUAAGCAAUGUGGAAAAGCAUUCCAUACACACAGUUCCUGUCAAAGACAUGAAAGAAAUCACACUGGGAUGAAACCCUAUAUACAUAAGCAAAGAGGGAAGUUGUUCAGCAGAUACACUCAAUAUCAGAGACAUGAAAGUACUAGUAAAGGAGAGAAACCUUAUGUAUGUAAACAAUGUGGGAAAGCUUUUACCAGACACAGUUAUUGCAAAAUACAUGAAAGAAAUCACACGCGGGAGAAACCUUAUGUGUGCAAACACUGUGGCAAGGCAUUUACUACAAAGACUUAUUCUAACAUACAUGAAAAAAUUCACACAGGGGAGAAAACUUAUGUAUGCAAACACUGUGGGAAGGCAUUCCUUACACACCAAUCUUGUCAGGUGCAUGAAAGAACUCAUACUGGGGAGAAACCUUAUGUGUGCAAGCAGUGUGGGAAAGCAUUCACUACACAUCAGUCUUGUCAAGUACAUGAAAAUACACACACUGGGGAGAAACCUUUCUUGUGCAAACAAUGUGGAAAGUCAUUCAUUACACUCCAAUCUUGUAAGAUACAUGAAAGAACUCACACUGGGAUGAAACCUUACAUGUGCAAGCAAUGUGGGAAAGCAUUCACUACAAAAACUUAUUGUCAUAUACAUGAAAAAAAUCACACCGGAGAGAAAACUUACAUCUGCAAACACUGUGGGAAGGCAUUCACUACACACCAAUCUUGUCAAAUACAUGAAAGAACUCACACUGGGGAGAAACCUUAUGUGUGCAAGCAGUGUGGUAAGGCUUUCAAUACACAUCAAUCCUGUCGAGUACAUGAAAGUACACACACUGGAAAGAAGCCUUAUGUGUGCAAGCAAUGUGGAAAGGCAUUCAGCACACACCAGUCUUGUCAAAUACAUGAAAGAACUCACACUGGGGAGAAGCCUUAUGUGUGCAAGCAAUGCGGGAAGGCAUUCAAUGCAUAUCAGUCUUGUCAGAGACAUAUAAGAAUUCACACUGGAAAGAAACCUUAUGGAUGCAAGCUAUGUGGGAAGGCAUUCACUACAAAUAAAUCUUGUCAAGAACAUGAAAGUACACACACAGGAAAGAAGCCUUAUAUGUGCAAGCAAUGUGGAAAAGCAUUCACUCAAAGGGGUAAUUAUAAAAGGCAUGAACGAACUCACACUGGGGAGAAACCUUAUGUGUGCAAGCAGUGUGGAAGGGCAUUCGCUACACGGCAUUAUUGUCAAAUUCAUGAAAGGACUCACACUGGGGAGAAACCUUAUGCAUGCAAGCAGUGUGGGAAGGCAUUCACUACACACCAAUCUUGUCAAAUACAUGAAAGUAUACACACUGGAAUGAAGCAUUAUGUUUGCAAGGAAUGUGGCAAAGCAUUCACUGAAAGGAGUAAUUAUAAAAGACAUGAAAGAAGUCACACUGGAGAGAAACCUUAUGUGUGCAAGCACUGUGGUAAGGCAUUUACUAUACGUCAAAAUUGUCAAAAGCAUGAAAGAACUCACUCUAGGGAGAAACCUUAUGCAUGCAAUCAAUGUGGAAAAACAUUCACGACAAAGAGUUAUUAUAAAAGACAUGAAACAAGUCACACUGGAGAGAAACCUUAUGCGUGCAAGAAGUGUGGGAAGACUUUCAUUACACACCAGUCUUGUCAGGUACAUGAAAGAAGACACACUGGGGAAUAGGUGUGUAAACUGUGGAAAAAAGACAUUUACUACACAGCAGUUAUGUGAAAAUCAUGAAAGAACUCACAUGGGAGAAACCUUAGGCAGGUAACCAAAGCAGAAAAAUAUUCACUAUAAGUUGUUAUAAAAUACAUGAUAAAAGUAACAGAAUAGAAAUCUGUGUGUAACCAAUAUGGAAAGGCAUCAAUGUUGUUAGGAAACAAAUCACACAAGGGAGAAAUCUUACUGCGCCAGCAGUGUGGGAAGUUAUUUACUACUAAGAAUUCUUAUAUAUGGAAAAAAUUCACAAGGGAGAAAGCAUAUUCAUGUGAGCCAUGUGGAAAAAGAUUUGCUAGUAAGUCCUCAUUUUAUUGUAUUUUAUUUUAUUUGCAGUACCAGGAAUUGAACUCAGGACCCUGUGCU